GUACGUUGACUUUAAUCAGUUCUCUGAUAAUGAACAAGUACCUGCAGUGUCAAAUGUACGGUAUGGCACGGUUCGGGAAUUUUCUCGGAUUCUGCAACCAACAAAAUAUUUACAAAGAAAUCGCUAAUAAUCUGAGUAUGAAGAUAUAAUUGUGUUACCAUGCCUGGUAAGGUGAAGGUCAAGGUUGUUGCAGCCCGGGGUCUCCCGGUGAUGGACAGAUCUACAGACCUUACUGAUGCUUUUGUAGAGAUCAAAUUUGGAAGCGAAGUACAAAAGACAGAUGUGUACAAACGGUCACUGAAUCCACAGUGGAACUCAGAAUGGUUCAAGUUUGAGGUAGAAGAUGAGGUUAUGCAAGAUGAACCUCUAGAAUUAAGGGUUCUGGACCAUGACACAUACAGUGCUCAUGACGCUAUUGGCAAGGUGUACAUAGACCUUAAUCCACUUCUGAUCAAGGAGAGUCCAUCUAUUAUAACUGGUUGGUUCCCUAUCUAUGACACUAUGCAUGGUAUACGAGGGGAUUUAAAUGUGCUGGUGAAGAUAGAAUUGUUUAGUGAUUUCAACAAGUUCCGACAGUCAUCAUGCGGAAUACAGUUCUUCUGCACUGCUGAAGUACCAUCUGGUUACCGGCUGCAGUAUGUGCAUGGUUUUGUUGAGGAGCUUGUUGUUAAUGAUGAUCCCGAGUACCAGUGGAUAGACAAAAUUAGGACACCAAGAUCUUCAAAUGAGGCUAGACAGAGGUUGUUCUCUAAAAUGUCGGGACAGCUUGCAAGGAAGAUUGGCCUCAAGGUUCUUGAGAUGGGUGGCAGUGCUGUAAUUGGUUACAAACAAUGUUUUGACCUGGAAGGAGAGUCUGGUAUAGUUAUAAGGGGUAUUGGUACUGCUGUUACAUUAAUAAAGCUGCGUGAUCCCCAGGUAUCCCCACUGGGGGCCUCUCCAUUGAAAGAUUACCAGCGACCUAUUGUUCCAGCACUGUACAUCAGCAUGCCACUGGUUAUAACAAGUCACAGCCAGUCACACGUGCAUAGGCGUUCUCUGCACCUCCCACACUCACACCCAUUAACACCAUUAACAUCUACUGUACCAUCAUUAAACAACCAUUCUUCUAAAAUGUGCACAACUGUUUCGCAGACGAUCAGCAAUAACUCUACCCCUAACUCUCCAAGGCACAGAUCACUCACAAUUAGUCACUCCCAUCCACUAACAGCUCCGCCUAUUUCUCAGUUAUCGCCAAAUGAUCACAACUCCGAGCAGUCGCAUUUUGCAUUUGAUUUCACUUACAGCUCUCCUGUCCCAGAGGAAACACUAGCGCCCGCUUCCCCGCCAGUAUCAAAUGCACGUAGUACAACUUCCCCCAUGAAAGUGACAGGACCCCCUUCAGGGCCGCAAAACAAUAGGAGGUCCUCAGAUUCAGAUAUAAGCACUCCGCCUAAAGGUAGCAGUCUGGCUGGAAGCAGUGGAAGUGGUAGUGGUAGUGGAACAAAAAACUUCCCAAAGCCCUGCUCUCAGCAGAUUAAUAUUGAACUUAUGGAGUUCCCAUUGUUUACUAUGAUGUCAUUUCCAGCUGGAUUCAUUAUACAUAUGGGUGGGGUAGUUGCUGCCAGGUCCGUCAAACUUCUUGAUAAAAUUCACAACCCAGAGGAACCAGAGACAAGAGAUGUGUGGUGGAAUGAGAUACGUACAGAAAUACGCUCACAUACUAGAGCAAUGGGUUGUCAUGCUGUCAUUGGUUACUGUGAACUCACCUCUAUCUGUGAUGAAAUAAUACUUCUGUCUGCGACUGGUACAGCAGCAAAAGUUAACCUAAACCUGGACCAAUAUUCUCAACCAAGGACCAACCCACAACAGCUGGUGUCAGCCGGGGAUCGGAAUACAAGUACAGAAAAGGAAAGGGACCAAGGAAAGAAACUCUUUGUAGAUGUAAAUCUAGCCAAUCAGAUGUCACUUAGAAGUGGGACCAGUUUAGAAGAUGGUAGUCCGAGAUUCGUCUGUUCACUCUGUCAUAUACCAUACAAGCCAAGUUCUGCACCAUUCCCUAUCAACCUUUCACAGUGUGCAUGCUGCAGAAGGCGAUAUGUACCAGAUGUGUUAUUUACCACAAUAAACCCACCAGCAGAGAUACAGACAGUUGGUAAAGGAGCAUUUAUACAAGCUAGAGUGUGUAGACCAAAAGCAAAUAGCAAAGCUGAGGCAAAUGCCAAAGAGAUAAGUGAUAUUCUUCCAUUCCUUGAGUAUGAUCUUCAUAAUCAGUUGAUGAACAAACUGAAAAUUCGCAGCAUGAAUGGGCUGUUUGGUCUCAAGAUGCAGUUUGUUGUGGGAGAAAGCAUGCUGAUUGGAAUAGCAUCAGCCACUGGGGCAUACUUGACUCCUCUCCCAUCUCCACCCGUGCCAAGAUUACUUGGUCAGAUCACGUCAGAGGAAGAGAAUGUCGCGUUACAGGAACUGCAGAUGAAACUUGCAGAACAGAUACAGAAAAACAAAGAUCUCUAUCAGCUUAACGGGAUCGACUUUUCAAGUCAGCCCAGUCCCCACAGUGUCAAUACAGAUGAUAGUGAUGAUGAAGGCUCAGAUCUUGAAUUGUCAGCUGGAAACAAGGACACUUUUGUUCUUGAAGUUGACGACACAAAAGAUGACACAGUGCAGGCAAUGUUACAUGACACUCCUCACCCAGUUGGUAUGGAAUUGUGCAAUACUGAGACAUGUCCUGGCAUUCCAUCUAGAGCUCUCACACAUAAUCUUCAGAUGUUCACACAGGUCUACAGACGAAAGAUAGAUCUUGAACAACACAUGAAAACAGACUUCAAAGAAUUCUUUGAUGGUGUUUAUAGGCGGCUUUUCUUCAAGUUGCGAAGAAUGAUACCAUGUUGUCUGUGUAACUUGGUGUUCAGUGUAGAUGCUCCUGAGGAAGAUGAAAUAGAAGUUGUUGUCACGGGAACAUGUGUUGCCAUUGACGAUAGCCAGUCACAGAACAAAACAUACUCAGAUACACCAGUGAGUGCUGCUUCAAGUAAACAGCUUCUAAAAUCAGCAAAUGCCUCAGUGGUUGGAGCAAGUGGGGAGAAUGUUGAUGAUAUGAUGUUCCAGAUGGAGGAGGUCACUGAGGGGUCGGCUUCCUCAGCAUCUCAUAAAGUACCAAAGGUUAAAGCAGAAAUCUUAAAGAAGAAACCAAGUCAAGUUUUUGGAAGGACGUUACAAGGUAUUCAGAUAACACCAUUGGCAUAUGUCCCAGGAGCCAAAAUAGAAAGAUACAUCGGCAGUUACAACUUUUUCUUUAUACGGGAAACUACAUCAGUAAGAGAGGUGGGUGGGGUAUGUGGUUUUAUGCAGAAGUUCAUCAUGGAGGUCCUGGCUAUUGUACGUGCACAUGUGUCUUCACUUGGAGGAAAUGCUCUUGUGGCUUAUAAUAUGACACAGUGUGUACUGCUUAGCAAUGAACACAAAAAUCAGAGUCAGUGUUUGAUCAAUGUAUGUGGCGAUGCUGUGCACGCAAUAAAGGAAGGGGAGAUAACUGCCAUCGUACCUGAACAUGUACGCAAACAUAGUGAUUCUCCGAUAUCUGUGACUUGAUCUUGACAUCAGAAAUGAGACAUGGUUGUGUGUGCGAUAUUACAGAAUAGUGCUUGUUUAGAUGACAGAGGACUGUCUUUUAACUAGGAGACAACACUAGUCAAUAGUCAUCUAGAAAACAGACACCAAUUAUUUAUUUAUAACUAAAUGUGCAGAAAAAAGCUAAAAGUUGUGAAACAUACAAUUAUAUAAUGUUGUAGUGGAAAACUAGUCAGUAUGUGAUCUUAUAAUUGCAAUGAGGAUUUAAUUGUCUAUAUUCAAAAGUUUAAUAAACAGUAAGUUUAUUUAUAGUUGCCAAAGGUCAACUGCUGCAGAAGAUGUUAGUCAGUUUAUGUUCUGGGAGACUGUGCAAGAUACAGAACAUUCUCCAGCUGGAGAAGGAUUCCCUGGUAGAUGAAUGUGCAAGGUGUAAAAUACCUGCAUAAAAAUUAGAUUUAAAGUCAUAUUCAGACCGUUUUUAGCUCGACUAUUCGAAGAAUAGUCUAGCUAUUCUACUCACCCUGGCGUUGGCGUCGGCGUCACACCUUGGUUAAGUUUUUGCAUGCAAGUACAUACAGCUAUCAUAUAAAGGCAUAUAGCUUUGAAACUUAUUUAUUCUUUUUCUAGGUCAAUUACCAACCUCACUGGGUCAAGUUCCAUAACUCUAACAUGUAUUUUGAGCAAAUUAUGCCCCCUUUUGGACUUAGAAAAUUCUGGUUAAAGUUUUACAUAUAAGUUACUAUCUCCAAAACUAAUGCAGAUAUUGAAUUGAAACUUCACAUGUGUCUUCGGGGUUAUAAAACUAGUUGAUAGCACCAAGUCCCAUAACUCUGACCUUCAUUUUGGCCAAAUUAUGCUCCCUUUUGUACUUAGAAAAUUUUGGUUAAAGUUUUGCGUGCAAGUACAUACAGCUAUUACUAAAAGGUAUAUAGAUU